UCUGAUGGUGAUAUGGCUGUGGUACCAGCCCAGGCUCUUCGGGUCUCCGAAAUUAAAGACCCGACGCUCUUGUUCGAGCGCUAUAACACAGAGGAAAUACGGACAAUCGAGCGAAAAGUACGCGGAGAAAUAGAACAGAAGAAGGAGGAACUUCGGCAGAUGGUGGGGGAGCGCUACCGGGACUUGAUUGAUGCUGCUGACACAAUUGGUGAUAUGAGACAGUGUUCCGAAAGUGUGGUGCAGUCUAUACAAGACAUGUAUCGGUACUGUCACAAGUUAAAACAGGGGAAAAACACGCUACAAACAAACACCAAAGAUGAGGUAAUAUGCCCUCCCCGCAAACAGGAUUUUCAGAAACAUUCCCAGGAGAAAUUCUACACCAUGUCCUCUCAGAUCAAGCUGCUUUUGGAGAUACCUGAACAGAUCUGGAGCGCAGUGGAGUCCUCCCAGUACCUGCAGGCCACGCAGCUCUACCUGCUCUGCUGCCACCUGCACAGCCAGCUGCACCUGGACGGAGCUGGUCCCCAGUACAGCCCGGUCCUCGCCCGCUUCCCCAUCCUGGUGCGGCAGGUGGCCGCUGCCGGGAACUUCAGGUCCACUAUCUUGCUGGACAGUAAGUCGGUCCUUCGGGGCAGGGCCGUAUCGGAUCAGGCAAUAGCUGAAGCUCUGGUCUCCACCAUGCUGCUGGAGGACAGCUCUCCCCGCCAGGCUCUGGCCGACUUCCUGCUGGCCAGAAAAGCCUCCAUUCAGCACCUCCUCAACCAGCCUCAGCAUGGUGCGGGCAUCAAGGCCCAGGUGUGUUCUCUGGUUGAGCUCCUGGUCACCACUCUGUACCAGGCCUAUGCCCUGUUCUACGUGCCUCCGCAGGGCAAAGUGGCUGACCCAGGUCUGGGCUGUGGUCUUCUCUUCACCACCCUGGAGAACGUGACCUCCACCUCCUCGUCUGCUGGGAAAGGCAAGAAGGUUCUUAAUGAGGAGAUGAGCACGGGGAGUUGGUUGAAACAUCUCCCUCCGUCGGUGGUCAACUUUCAGCCCGCCCUGCGUACCCUGGCCCAGCCCAUCCAGACGGAGCAGCUCAGAGACACACUACAGCAGUGGAUCCAUACCUGUAAAGAGGAUAUUCGCAGCAGCGUGAGCAGUUUGCUGGUGUAUGUGAAGACCCUGAAGGGUCUGGCUGCUAUCAGAGACGCCGUGUGGGAGCUACUGACCAGCGAGUCCAUUAGCCAGCACUGGGUGAUGGUGUGUCAGCGUCUGCUGGAGCGACCGCUCUCCCUGUGGGAUGACCUCCUGCAGCAGCUCUUCCUACAGCGGCUUCAGGCGAUCACUAAGGAGGGGACUGAGGGGAUCUCCAGUAGCUGCAGACAGCUCCUCUCCUCCGCCCUGCGGGAUCUGGAGCCGACGUCGGGAACGCUGAACAGGGGGGUACAGUUUGAGAACGAUGUGGCGGCGUUCCUCUGGUCCGAGUCACAGGGGGACCUGCUGAACGACACGGCCUGGGUGGGCGUGGCCCACCGUAACACGCAGCAGAAGAGCGGCCUGUCCAUGAAGACCCAGGCGCUCACGCCCUGCGUCCAGACCUUCUGCACCGCGCUCGACUCCAAGCUCAAAGCCCAGCUGGAGGACCUGCUGCAUUACCUGCCUUCUGACGAACCAGGCAAGGAGCCCUCAGAAAACCCUCCUCUGGCCAGGGGGUCCUCCUCUUUCAACCGCUUCACCGACGCCGGGGCGGUGGAGGACACGCUGAGAGAGCACUGUCUGACCUGCGUGCGGGACAUCUUGGCCUGCGUGCGCUCCGAACUGGCCGGCAUCCAGAGCGACCCCAACCUGUCCAGCCGACUUGGCUCCGUGCUCUUCAUGGCCAGACUGUGUCAGUCUGUGGGUGAGCUGUGCCCGAACCUGAGGCAUUGCAUUCUGGGUAAGCAGGGGAGCGUGGAGUCCGUGAGCAGGGGGACGCCACGGCAGGGGAAGAAGCUGGGCAAAGGGGGCGUGGCCAAGGCGGCCGAAAUGAGCCCCGCCCAGGCCAAAUGGUCGGGUCUUGUGGAGGAGCUCCUGUCCUGCAGCAUGGAGGCCUAUCAGAUAUGGAGCUCUGCACUGUCCAAGGCCCUCGUGGAAGGAUUUGCGGCUACUCUCCACGCUGACUCGGCCGGUUCCAUUCUCAGCUCCACCACUAACUGGGAGGAGCUGGAGAUUCAGGAGGAGGCGGAGUCGGGCAGCAGCAUCAUGUCCAAAAUACGUCUUCCAGCGCAGCCCUCAUGGUACGUUCAGUCUUUGCUCUUCCAUCUGUGCCUUCAAGUGAAUCGCGUUGGGGGCCACGCUUUGCCCAGAGUCACUCUCCUGAAACUGCUGAGGAGCUGUCUGGAGCAGGUCGCCAGAGAGUACGAGACACUCGCGCAUGAUGCACAGAGCACGGAGGGGUCUUUCCCCGUGACUCAGAAUCGAGCUCUGCAGCUGCUGUUUGACCUUCGGUACCUCAGUUCUACUCUGGGGGCCCGUCUGGAGGAGGGAAAGACUUCCCGGUCCCAACAGGACCCAAGGAUUCAGCAGGUGUGUGAUGCUUUGGAGAGUUACAUCGACCCAUUUGACCUGGACGUCUUCACCCCUCCUCUCAACAACAAUCUGAACCGCCUGUCUCAGAGAACCUCUGUGCUUUUGGGCCUGCUGACCGGCACAGAGAAGCAGUUUACCUCCAGGAGCAACACCGGCACUUCCCAGGAACCAUACAACAUCCUGCCGUUGGCCAGCAGCCAGAUCAGAUUCGGCCUCUUGCCUCUGAGUAUGAACAGUUCCCGUAAAGCCAAGUCAGCCACGCGGCCUGCAGACGGCACCCGCCCCAUGAUGGCUCCCUCAUCUGCUCCCAGCCCAGAGGAUGCGUUCCGCCCAGGAAACCUGUUUAGGCAGUUAGCCAAUCAGGAGGAGGAACCCGCUGCCCCGUCUCUCUUUAAACUAGGGUGGCUCUCAGGCAUGGCCAAAUGA